CGUGCUCUCUUUUGCAUAAUCACCUCCGUUCUCCACCAUACUGUUCUUCCUUGUUUGUAUGGCACCCCCACGUCCAAAUACGACACUUUUUCCUCGUUUUCACGGUCACGUAGGUAACACCUUGGGAUGGCAAAGAGAGAAAUUCUUCACCCAAUUCGAGUCACGUAAAACGUCCAUCGAAAAGAGCACCCAAUGUUUGCAAAUCAAUACGGUGCCAGUACUUUGGGAAUAUUGUGCCAAAUUUCGUUCAAAGAUAAAAACUGACGCUAUUUUAAACUACUAACUUGUCAUUUUGAAAAGAUUAUCAUUCUGUCUUAUGGCAAGAAAGCUAACCACGACUUUUCAACUGCAUUAAACAACAUUAGAGAAUUUGACUUGAUGGCUGCAAGUUAAGACGGUGAUUUUGAAGUUUGAGAACAAAGUGUUUCAACAUUCACUCUCCUAUUGUUACGGCCCAGGAUGAAGCUUUAAGCAGGAGCUAAGUAAUCUACUUUUUGUCCAUUUGACUCAGCGGAGUAAAAAAGUUACUUGUUAUUUUCAACUGCGCUGUAAGUAUUGUUGCCAUACUGAGGUGUAGAAAAAACGUUUUUUAUUGUUUUCAAUUGAGACUAAAAGCGCUUUCGUACUAAUGAACUCUUAUUUUAAAAAAAAAUACAAUCUAAAGCUUGGAAAAUUCAUUGACAAAGAAUGUUUUUUUAAAAGGAGACAGCAGUUGUUGGGUACAGGCUUUCAUCAACAAACAGCUCCAAUUUAGAAAACUGAAAGAAACAUAUUUGCUCAAGGGAAGCCUUAAAAAUCUAAAGAAGCGUUUUCUCGUUGGAAAAUUAGAUCAGGUGUUUGAUCUGCAGCUCCUAGUUUUAGAGUGCAAAAAAAGAUUUAAAUUCUCCAUCCAAAUUUUAAAUUAGUGUUGUUAGAGUAUUCACACAUUGCUCCCCUUCUAACACGUGUUCAACAGUUUGAGCAGCUACUUUAACCGUAUGAAUAGUAACCUUUAUAUUCGCUCGAAAGGCACAAGAAAACCAGAAAACGAGUAUUGUCUUGGAGUAAUAUUAAAAUUGGACGUCUUUUGUUAACUUCAAGCUAUAAAUCUAAAAUAUAGAAAAGGUCAUAAAACAUCUUAGAAGAAACAGAGAAGGAACUCGGUAUAUGCUAUACAAUCAUGAGACAUCAUCACUAUAAACAUAGACUCUUGAAAGCUGAAAUAGCUCGAAUUUGUACGUGGAUUAAAGAAGUUUUAGAUGUGGAAGAUAUAACUGCCGAGAAUUUCAUGGACAAGCUGGAUAAUGGAGUAAUCAUCUGUAAACUAGCUCGACUUAUCCAACAGAAAGCUGAAGAAUGCAAAAGGAGAGGUCUUAUUACAGAAAGCAUUCCAUCAGUUCGCUUCAAGUGCUGGGAGAACGCAAAGUCUGAGUCUUUCUACGCAAGGGACAAUACAGAAAAUUUUAUACGAUGGUGUCGUAAAUUUGGAGUGCAUGAAGCUGUUUUGUUUGAAUCGGAUGGCUUGGUUCUGCACACUCAACCACGAACAGUGGUAUUGUGUCUUCUGGAGCUGGGCCGAAUUGCAUCCAAGUAUGACAUCGAACCCCCAGGCCUUGUACAGCUAGAAAAAGAGAUUGAUGAACAGGAAGAAGAUCGAUCUUCAGAUGGCCUCAGCUCAUUAUCGACCGGUUCAUCUCCUACUCUAGUGCGAAGCCGUACAGAAUCGGUUCUUUCACUGACUUCGUCCAACCGGUCUGGCAGCCUGCUUAGUCCAACUAGUCCAGACAGUGGAAUUGCGUAUUACCACAACAAUCGACCUAGAAAUCGAUUGUCUUACACCCCACCUUCUACAACAGCUCCUCCAAAGAAGCAGCAUAAACCAUCUGAACUUGACAAAAAGGUUAUGAAGAUUGCAAACAAUGUCUGUAAAGAUCAAACACAAAUAACAAGGAUUUCCGAAGGGAAAUACUGUAUUGGUGGGAAGAAUGUGUUUGUGCGUUUGCUCAAGGGCCGACAUGUGAUGGUUCGUGUAGGAGGUGGUUGGGAUACCCUGGAACAUUUCUUGUCCCGGCACGAACCAUGCCAAGUGAUUGUCGUCAACCGAAAAGCGUCGUCUCUUUCUGAUGAGUAUAUCUCUCUUGCCUGUAAUGGUUCCCCAGACUCAUUCCUGCACAUCAGGGCCAAGUAUAAGAGUCCUUUACCUACACCAACUACACCUGAAUUCAAACUCAUUUAAAACGUCUAGUACAUGGAAGAAUCUGUCAGUACAAACUUGAGUUGCUGUUUACUUUAUGUCUUUUAAACAUUCCUGCUACAUUUAGGUUUUAACUUAAUAACCUUAAAUUGCAGAGGUUUUUAUGUUAUUCACCGAAAAAGCCACAUUUAUUUAACAUUAGUAACAGCUUCUGAUUCAGGAAUUUAUUACCUUGUUUUAUGUAAUACUUUGCUUUAUUUUUAUAACUUGUAAAAAUAAUUUCCAGAUUAGUCAAAAAAAAAAAAAAAAAAAGGGCAAAACAUUUUACAGACCAAGGUAAUAAAUAAAAUAUAGUGACAGAAUCAGACAUGGCAUUAAAUCAACUUCAGAAUCAGAUUAAAAUAGAUUAUUUUCAAAGGCUCAUUUUAGCAUUUUUCGUGAAAUACCUUGUUUAUGUCAUUAAUCCCCUUGAAUGAAACAUUCAUUACUUCUGAUAAACUGAUUUUUAAUUCUAUUAUCAACUCAGAAAAACUUCCUUUGAUAUUAAAAUAUAUUUUAAUAAUGAGAUGAUUUCCCAUGAUCUUUUAUUGUACAAAUUAUUUAAUGAUAUAAGCAAGCUGGUUGCAGAAAUAUUUCAAUUUUUUAAAAUCAUUUCAACAUUUCUGAGCAUCAGGAGUAGCGAUUUUCAACCUUUUCAAACUCAUCGCACAUUGAAUAAGGUGCUAAAAUUGUAAAGGCACACACCAUCAGACUUUAAGACAGUACUUUUGUCAAUUAAAAGAAUAUAUUGGAAGUAACUGUAAAAUCUCAACCUUUGUAUUACACUUCUAAUCAAUUUAAGAAAUUUAUUUAAUAGAACCUAUGAUAGCUGCAUUCUAAUUAUUUAAAUGAGAUAACUAAUAAAAAGACUUUAGCAAAAAUUAUUAUAUUAAUGUUCUAUUCCUCCUUAAUCAAAUUAAAAAAUCUUAUUUGAAUAAAAUAAAUGUUCUGAUUUAAAAAAUAUGGCUAUAUUAACAUAUUAUAUCUAAAAUAUAAGGAAACAGUUCAGUGAGGAGCAUACAGAAAUUAAAUUUUUUCUCAAUUUAGAAUAAAUAUAAAGAAAGAAUUUUUUGAACUGAGGCUUUUAUAAAAAUAAAUUUUAAAAAAAGGUCUUUUUAAAAUUUACUUUUUCCACUGUUUAUACGAUUUCAAUUUUGCAUCUCUUCUUAUUUUGAACCUACUAAACUUCUGUGGUAAACCAGGCAAACAUUGUCAAGCCACCACACUAUAUGAAAAUCAUUGCUCUUUAAUGUCAGAAAUAAUUUUUUUGAUAAUUAUACAUUUAUUUUUUACAUAAAAUAUUCGAAUUUUCUUUUCCAGUGUGAUGAACCAUGUUCGGCUCAAAGCAAACCAGUUCAUUAAUGUACCCAACUGAUUUUAAACUAAUCUUUUUCUGUAAAAGUAGUGGGGAGGGGGGGGAAUGUUUCAAAGGAACUUUAUGUUUAAAGCUUAAAACUAGUUAAAAACUAAUUUUAAAUCAAUGAACUACACUACUAUGAACUUUAACUAUAUAAACACACAGAGUUGUAGACUGUUAAGUUUCAAUCAUAACUCACUUCAUUCUGUUGCAUUUCAUUUAUCCCUCUACUAGGACUGAAUUCAUAUAUGACUUAAUCAUACUACAUUUUAAAGCUGGGAAUUUCAUUGUAUAAAAGUAGUUACACUAACAGAAAAUUGUCACUCUUUUAUUAUGUUCAUAAAACUCUUAUUUAUGCAACCUCAUUGAAAAUUCUGUACUGCCAAUUUUGGUUUCCAUAUCUGAAAAUCCCGUAUUUCCUCCCAGGCUUAGUCAGUAAAAAAUGUUAACAUAAUAUAUUAAAUAACACAAUACUGCUAUGCAUUUGCAUUAUCGAUUUCUAGUUGAUCUGUGAAUGAGUCUCAGUUACCAUAAAUAUUUCAUUUACUUAAUCAAAAUUAACUAUUCUGGAGACAUUGGGUGUAAGCAACAGAAUAUAUAAAACACACUGUAACAGGACAAGCCAAACUGACUCUUUUCCCUUCAAAAUAAUCUGUUUCUACUACAACACUUUUCUGAUACUAACUAAACUUCAAUCAUACUUUCAUUGGCAAGAUACUGUUCACACUCAAAUCAACAAUAUUAGUGCUGAAAUAAAAAAGCAAUUGAUUUCUAGUUAUUUAUAUAUCACCCAAAUAAUUAUUUUGAGCCAGUUUCUGUUUAUGAUCACAAUUAACUUAAUUCCUAUUUAUAUAAAUAGUAAUUUUUUCCUCUUAUUUUAUUUACUUAUAUUUUACUGGAAAUAUGUUAAAAAUGAACAACAUUAAAUUGAUCACUUUGUUUCAUUAUGCAAAGUUAACUAAUAAAAUAAUUACUUCUAAUCACAGUAACUGAACAAAAGCUUGAACAAUCGAAUAAACCAUGCAUAAUUCUUUCUCAAAUUUUUUAUAUUUAAAUAAUGAUAUUAAAAUCUGAAAUCCCAGAUAUUUAUUAGUUUUUACUUAACAUUUACAUUGGUUAUUAAUUAAAAAAUGAAAAGACUUAUUUCUUCUACGAAUGAGUUAGCUCUUUUCUUUAUUUAGUGUAUUAGCAUUUUCCAAUUUAUUCCUUUUAUUCAUAUAUGCAUAAAGGUAAUUUAAAGUUAUAUGCAAUUUGCAAAUUUAAUUGAACUAAAAUAGUUUUUAUAAAGUCGGUUAAUUAUUUAUGGCAAAGCAUGUAGUGAAUAACUGCUUUACAAGGGUGUGUAUUUAAUUAUGGCAAAGCACACUAGGGCUAUCUGCCUAAGGGAGGAAUGCCUUCGUGGAGGACUUUCUAAGGGAAACUGGCUCGUAUAUGCAUUACACAUGGGGAAAACCACGAGAAGGCCCAUGCAGCCAGCCCGUUCGCGGAAUUCAAACCUGGAUCGAACUACCAGUGUUCGGCGACUUUACCGCUCGGCCGCUGGUGGGCCUGCUUUAGAAGGAUAUCUUUGUGAAGGACCUUCUCAGGGAAACUGGUUCACAUUCUUGUUACACAUGAAUAAAAUCAUAAAAAACUACACAGUUAAUUCUAAAAGGAGUGGCAGUACUUCUGUUUAUUUAAAACUUUGUUUUACAAAUGGGCCACACAUUUUACGCUUACUGUAAAAUAUAUAUUUACUUAAAAAAUGGUACCCUGAUAUAAAAGUGGAAUCCUAGAGAUUUUGUCUACAUACUGCUUAAAAAUAAGCAGAUGUAGUAGAACAGAGGGCAAAGUAAUACAUAUGCUUUUGCUCUCUUAAAUAAUAAGAUUAGCAGCUAUUGAACUGGCAACUGUUACUAUUAAACUUUGUAAAGUGCUGGUACUUUAAAAAAAAGUUUUACUACACAAUUAACAAAACUUACAAUCAUUUUGGAUGUUAUAACUAUUUGCUGAAAAAAAUUUCUAAAUUUUGUACACAUUUCUUUAAUAGACACUUUAAUCUCAUUUUAGGUUAGAGUUUCAGAAUAAAUGCUUUUAACAAUGUAAAUAAGUUAAUAAUAAGCAUUAAAUGGCAGCAAAAUACAUAUCUCAUUCAAGAAUUAAGCAAAUCCAUUAUUAAUAUCAUCAACUUAAUGUUCACAGUUUAUUGAAUUGUGAUAGGAAAUAUAUAUAUAUAUAUAUAAUGUUGCAUAUAUAUUUACAAAGAUAGAGUGAUUCUUGUUUCCCCUCUAAAAUCAGCACUUAUUUUUCCAUAAUACUCUGCCAUGAAUCAAAAAAAAAAAAAAAAAAAGGGGGGGGGUUAAUCAACUAAACUUCAUUGUCAUUUUCAAUUUAGAUCAAUUUUUUUCAAAUGUAUAACAUCUUUCCCCAUGACUAUUGAAGAACUGGAAAUUUAAAGCAUAGUUCUCUUCAGUUAACAGGAGAGAAAAGUGUUUAAGUUCAGAACUUUUGAAUACCUAAAUUUCAGUCCUACAGUAUCUUCUUCAUAUAAUCCAUCAUAUGUAUGUUCACGAUUGUUCCUAUCUGCCUUUAUUUUCAAUAGUCUACAGUAUCAUUAAAAAUUGAAACAGAUGAUAAAUUGAGGUUUUGAGAUUAAAUUUCAUUCUCUGAUAAUAUAUUGCUAAUAUCUCAAGAAGAUAGAAUAUAUCACUUUCAGGGCACUUUUCUGAUACUGACAAUUAAGAUAUAAAUUACAAGUCUGUAUGUGCACUGCAGAGAAAUACCCUGAAGCUAUGUGUACUAUUACAUCAUUUUUUUAACUCUCUAUUAAUAAAAAAAAGAUGAAUUAGAAAUUAUAUUUUUUCUUUCUUUUUAUUAUAGUUAAAUGAUUCUGGAACAAAAAAAAAAAAAAAAAAAAAAUGUAUGACAGCUAUGUGAAAUUAGAAAUCAGCAUCAGAAUAUAUUUUUGAAAACUGAACAUGUAAUGUCCAUUGUAAAAUUCUUCUGAUGCAUAACUUGCAUAUGUAAGACAUUAGUGAAGGUAAAAUGCUAGAAUUGACUUCUUGUGUGUCCAAUCUCUUGUGGCUAUAACAUAUUUUCAUCAUAAUUAAUUUUUUUAUGAAAUGACUAGAUGCAUAAGAAAUAUCUAAAUAUGUAAAUUUUAAUAUUGUAACAACUUGUGUAUCUAAUAUGAAAUGUGCUCUUUUACUUAUGUUUUGCUAUUUUCAUUUGUUAUGAAGAGCUUAGUACACAGUGUAAUGUUUGAAAGAUAUUGUUGUUUUAUAUAUAAUAUAGAGUUGAAUUUUAUGUCUUAUUUCUGUGGUGUAAAAUAAUAAAUAUAAAUGCCAGCUUU